UCAAAGGAAGUGAAAACAUAAAUCCUAGAAUGAAAAACCAAAUUACAUAGAUUUUUUUAAACAUCUUUCACAAAAUUUUUGUUGAUUUCUCUUAAUUUGUAACCAAAUCUUUCGUCCAACAAUAGCAUGCCCAAAAAUGACGCAUUUGUUAUUGAAAAAAUCAGUCACAGAUUUUAAUAAGUUAAUCUUAGACAAACUGUUCGUGAGUGCGGUGUAGUAAUAUUAAUGUUGUUAAAAAGAUGACCAGCAGAAUGACUAGGAAUGACGAUUUCGGACUCACAAUUAGGAGGUUUCUGUUUCGCUCUCGGGGAAGCCGACAAGCUGUUGCAUUGUAUGAUGCAGAAAAGGGGGAAACAAAUUUCCAUUUGGGAACACAAAAUUCUGCAAAUACAGAUUCACAGAUGAAAUUAGAUACACAGGUUGGAAGUCCAAGCACAGAUAAUUCUAAAACUAAUGCGCCCAAUGUAGAUAAAAACAUGCCAGUGACUGCAAAUAAUACUACUGUACAUAAUUUAGAUAUGAUUACGUGUUCGUUAUGUUUAGGGGAAUGGUCUAAAGAGUUAUUUUGCCCUCUUAUAUCCUGUGAGCAUCUUUCAUGCCGGAAUUGCUUAAUACAAUAUUUAACCAUUGAAAUUACGGAAUCUAGGAUUAAUAUAGCUUGUCCUCAGUGCUCAGAAGCAAUGCAUCCUCGUGAUAUACAUUCGUUAUUAAGUGAUUACCCUCAAGUAUAUGAAAAAUAUGAAGAUUUCAUGGUGCGUAGAGUUUUAGCAUCUGAUCCUGAUACAAGAUGGUGUCCAGCUCCAGAUUGCAGUUAUGCAGUCAUUGCAGCCGGUUGUGCCAGUUGUCCAUUGCUGAAAUGUGAGCGUCCUAAUUGUGGUUCUUUGUUUUGCUAUCAUUGCAAAGCUGAAUGGCAUCCUGAUCAAACUUGUGAUGCAGCAAGAAUAACUAGAAAUCCACUCCUCAUUGGCUCUAUUCCAUCACAUGAUAUUUAUCAUAGAGAUGAUAUAAAACCGUGCCCAAGAUGUAAAGUAUUAAUAGUAAAAAUGGAUGAUGGAUCAUGCAACCAUAUGAUGUGUGCAGUUUGUGGGGCUGAAUUUUGUUGGUUGUGCAUGAAAGAAAUAACAGAUUUGCAUUAUUUGAGCCCUUCCGGAUGCACAUUCUGGGGGAAAAAACCCUGGUCAAGAAAAAAGAAAUUAUUAUGGCAGCUAGGAACCUUGGUUGGUGCUCCAAUUGGUAUAGGGCUAGUAGCAGGAAUUGCAAUACCAGCAAUGAUCAUAGGUAUACCUGUUUGGGUGGGAAGGAAACUGCAUGCAAGAUAUAGGCCCACAGGAAAACAUAAAAGAAUGGGUAUUAUUACUGGUGGUGUUCUUGCUUCGAUAAUAAUCUCACCAAUAUUGGCUGGGCUGGCUGUAGCCAUCGGGGUGCCAAUCUUGUUGUUCUACGUAUAUGGCGUGGUUCCGGUGUCGCUAUGCAGAGCAGGCGGAUGCGGAGUCACUACUUCAGCCACUGGUGUGAAAUUUGAAUUUGAUGAAGAAGACAUUGUGUCCAGAAAUCAAGAUACUGCUAGUGUGGACACAGCGUCGCGCAUAGGUGGCACAAGUAUCGGGGAAGUCAGUCUGAGCUUCAAUGGUCCUACAUGUUCAGACCAGAUUACUAUUCAAGGCUCCACAAUGGCUCUUGCUGGUUCAAUAGUCAGUCAUAGGUUGGAAGUUCAAGCAGAUUUAAGUUCUGAGACAGCGUCUGCAGUAACGUGCCUUAGUGAGAAAUCAGGACAAGAUGCGGCCUCAACUAAGGCUUUGGCCGGAUCCAUCCUUAGUUAUCGCCAUCACGGAAGUGAGAAUUCUGAAGAUUGUGGCUCAGAGCGAGUGCGAUUUGAUGAUACAGUAAGCUAUAUACACGGAGAUCCUCCAGACAAGACAAGCCUGUGUAGCAUCAUGUCACUAAGAGAGGAAUCAGACUCACAUAUAUCUGGCAGCAAAAGGUACACAUUUUCUCGCCAGUCAGAUGACAAGCCUGCCAUCAAACCUAUUUCAAAAGCUGCCAUGCUCAGGAAUAUGUUCUUCCAAGCUAAUAUGACUGAAGAUAAAAACAAUCAACAUUGAACUAAUCCACUUAUAAAUAAACACA